GUCACUUUGAUUGGAACAGAACCGUUAGCGCCAAAAUGUUCGCCAAAGGCAAGCCUCGAACCCCUCUGGUCAACAGCCAGGCCAAAUUCAAGAAUCAACUGGCCAACAAUGCCUCCCAAUUGAAUCUUAGCUUUCCAACGGCCGCUCAACUUGUUCGCAAAAAUAACAGCCAAUUGCGACAAACCAAAUUAAGUGUCUGCCAGAAGGACAAUAAAUUGAAGUACGAGGGCUUUGUCGAGGAAAUGCCUAAAAUGCGGCCAAAGCAGGAAUUUGUCUACGUUCCAACUCCAAAAACCCUGCAAAAGUCCAGUUUCGAGCUCAACGUCAAAAAGGAAGAACCCAAAGGGUUGCCAAGUUGUCCGAUGUCCAAGCCAGGACGAAAUUUAAUUAGCUUGGUUGGUCGGGUCGAUUUUUGUCUUAAAACCCAUAAAACCUAUCCCGAUAUUAACGCCAUUUGGAAUGUUUACGGUAAACUUCUGCGCAUUAUUGAAGGAAAACGAGGAGAGCACACUCUGCUUGUGCGAAACGAAAAUUCGGGACCCAUUCUGCAGGGCAUAUACCAUGACUUUGAAAGUGAUUUAAAAUCAUGGAACCCAGGCUGCUUUGUUCAUCUCGUGGGCCAAUUUAUUGGGGACAACCGCUUGCAAACGUUCAAGAUCGCCCAGGUAAGCGAUAUCGACUGGCAGAAACAAUUUAUGCGCAUAGAAAAUGUGACAACGUAUAUUCUGAUGCAAAACAAUGUGCAUAAGUAA